AUGUGUGCACUUUGUCACGGCAAAUCAUGUUCGAAUAGUUUGGAGGUGGCAAAAUUAGACGAAGAUGAGUACGAGGACAAUUUUCCUCUCGUUCCAGUUCCAGUUCCAGUUCCAGUUCCAGUUCCAGUUCCAGUUCCAGUUCCAGUUCCAGUUCCAGUUCCAGUUCCAGUUCCAGUUCCAGUUCCAGUUCCAGUUCCAGUUCCAGUUCCAGUUCCAGUUCCAGUUCCAGUUCCAGUUCCAGUUCCCGUUCCCGUUCCCGUUCCCGUUCCCGUUCCCGUUCCCGUUCCCGUUCCCGUUCCCGUUCCCGUACCUGUACCCGUACCCGUACCCGUACCCGUACCCGUACCCGUACCCGUACCCGUACCCGUACCCGUACCCGUACCCGUACCCGUACCCGUACCCGUACCCGUACCCGUACCCGUACCCGUACCCGUACCCGUACCCGUACCCGUACCCGUACCCGUACCCGUACCCGUACCCGUACCCGUACCCGUACCCGUACCCGUACCCGGUCCCGUUACCGUUACCGUUCCUUCUCCGGUUUGCAAAAAGCUGGAAGUGUUUUGA